CUCAACUAUAUACGUCUCAAGAUCAGUUGUUUAGCUCCAGUAGGUGAGUAGUUCAGAUUCUAGGCUAACCGAGGUCAGUACAUCAAAAUCACAACGCCAGCAGAUCAGUCAUGAAUGAUGCAGACAAAACCAUCUACAAUUGCCUUGGAUCAAAUUCUUCUCCAGCUGGGAAACUUACCUACAUGGAGUUCAACUUGAACAGAGGAUGGCAAAAGAGGGGGGUGAUGUGGAAGACUGGUCCCAACCCUGCCUGGUACAGCUCCUGGAGAAAGAGAGUGUUUGUGCUAAAAGGUACUUUUGUGUACUAUAUGGCCGCUCAAUCAAAGAUGGAAGAGUCAAAAGUACUUGGAGCAAUCUAUCUGAAAAACGCUGUGAUUGAGAAAGUUUCAUUGUCCAUGGCUAAGUAUGUAAUGAAGAUAACUCCUGUAGUAGCACGGAGACCAAGCGGUGCUGAUGAUGAAACUGCUAUUUUCUACAUAAAGUUCCAGUCGGAUGAAGGGAGGCAAGAGUGGUUUGAAGAGCUUCAACAAGUGGCCUUCAGUAAUGAGUACCCUGAAGAGAAGACCCGGUCCCCAGUGCAAAGACUCUCGUAGAUAGCUUUCCCCUUAUGUUGUUUAUCAUAGCACAGGAUAUUGUUGAAGCACCACAGUUUGUUUUCUCUUAUUUACACGAACCACCUCCUUUGCACUGCAUGCAUGUGUUGUAUUUUUAAUUUGGCAAGAAUCACCUUACAAACUUU